AUGGCUCUAGGCGGUGGCCGCCCGACAAUUCAGCGGGCCACCCCCAGUCUUGCCUUGGAAGUGCCCUUUCCCUCUCCUACUCGAACAAGAUCUGGCAGAACGAGGCCGCCAAGCACCUUUACCGACACCGACGAGACUGAUUUGAAGCCUGGAGAUGGAGGGCAAUUUGUCGAGAAGCAGCGGGAUGGACAGGAUGGGCUGCGGUUCACCUUUGACCCGGAGGGCCGACUAACACACGAUGAGACGAGUGUCGACAUCGUCACGGUUCCAUGCCCAGCCGCUCAUCCGCUGCGCAGCUGGAACCGCGAUGGCCUCAUGGGGCGGUAUUUUGGCGCACCGUCGAUGCGGGAUGCUGAGGUUCGUGAGGCGGAGCGUCAGAACCAGAACCCGUCGUGGGUGAGGCAGGGCAUCCGAAGAGAGGCCAACAGGGCGCGGAUCCUGCUGUAUGAGCAUCCAGAGGUUAGCGAAGGGACGACGCUCAACUCGCUGGCGAUUGCGCUGCUGGAUGAAUUAAGGGCGUUGAGGACCCGGGAGAGGCAGCAGGAGAGGCCGCUGCUGUUUAUUGGACAUAGCAUUGGAGGGUUGGUGGUCAAGAUGGCGUUGGUGAAGGCCAGUAGGGAUUCGAGAUAUGAGAGCAUCUUGCGCGAGUGUUACGGGGUUGCCUUUUUCGGAACACCGCACCAGGGGUCCAGUUACUUUGCCAUGCCCACCCUGGCGUCGAGCAUCCAGAACCUGCUUCAACUUUCUGUCCCCCUACCAGUAUCUUUGACAGACGAUCUUCGCAUGGGAAACCAUCUUCUCCUACAUGUAGACGAAGACUUCAAGGUCGUUUCGGACGACAUCCGCGUGUGGACGUUCUACGAGACAAUCGACUCCCGCCUGUCUGCCAACUCGGGAAACAUCUACUUUACCGCGCCUCUCACGUCCAUCAAGUCUGCUAUUCUCGGGAUGCGGCAGGAACGUAUCUUUCCCCUGCAGAGCGACCAUGCCAACAUUGCUUCGUUUGGGAGACACAAUAUGCACACUUUACGACUUUUCCUACGACAGCUGGCGGCAAACAUUGAACAGGCGGAUUCCAACGCUAGAGAGGACGCAAGAGGAGGAAAAUGGAUGCUCAACUUGGAGCAAAAGGUGACGGUAGAGGUCCAUGGCUUCUUUGAUGAGGCAGGCAUGGAGGAUGGCACUGUGAGGGCUUGGUCUACGAGGUUGCCGCUGAGAGAUUUUAUGAGUAAAGGUCCGGAAGUAUGUCUCAGUGAGAGAUUGAAUGAGGUGGAAAUUCCCCCCGAAGAGGGAAGAUUUCUGGCCAUGAGGGGGAGGACGGGCCUGGUCGACAUGGAAGGGCCGCCGGAGCCUGUGACGUUUCCACCCGACCCGAUGACUGUGAAGAAUGCUCUUGGAAUCAACCAGACCGAACAUGAGCAUGAGCAUGAGCUUGAGAAUGAACACCCUCCACCGCUUCACCGGACUUCGGCACCACCUGCUGUGUUGUCGAUCCCGCCAUCGCCUCUUAUUCUCCCGCUUGGCGUUGGACCCUUGACGCCUCCCUCUCGACCUAAUUCGCUUCCUCCUCGGCACUCAACGCCUUUUCGCAAACCUUCCCCCCUUAUGCGUGCUAGCUUGGACCAGGAGCUUGCCAUUGAUCGCUUAUCACCACCUUUGAGAGGCAGAGUAGGCAGAAACUCAUUCAGCCGCUCGAUGAGCCUUGACAGCGACAUGGGCGGUGCGUCUCCUCCUCGAUAUCGCGACUUUCCGCCAUUUUCUCAGAGGAGCCGCAGUACAUUCGAUAGAGUUCUCAUGGGAGAAGAAAAGGAUAGUGAUGAUGAUGACAUUGAUGCGUCUCCGAAGCUGCCUGAGAGCGUUCUUGAAAUCCGAAAGAUAGCAAAGGAUAAGGGGCAUAGAGCAAGUGAAAACGUCAUUGUGGACGACGAUGCUCCUCAAACUCCUUUUAUGAAACCGAUGGUCAAGGCUCGCAAGUUUGUUUGGAUUCAUUUACCAUUUAACAACCCUACGUGGGUGACUGCUGUUCUCCAAACGUUGCAAGUCUCCUACCAACGAGACUUUUCUGCCCUAUCGAAUCACGACUUUUGGGUCAGGAGGCAUACACGUGGUAGGCACUCGCAGCAUUAUGCGCAUUACGCAAAGCCGGGAUGCUACUUUACGGCCCCUCGAACUUUAUCUCCACGAGGUCAUUCGGUACCGAGCCGCUCUCUUUCCCCGCCUGGCGAAGAUGACCAGAUGUAUGUCUGUCUGUUUCUUCCAUAUCUUCACUUUGACUCGUACAAAAGACUCAUCCGCCGACGUGAACUGAUUGCCAAGCGCCUGGCUCACGGGAGGGCCCGACCCAUUCCUGAAUCUGUAGCCAAGUCAGAUUCCUUGGAGUUGCAGGUCAUAUGGGAGUUUCUGGGACACGAUCCGCCAAUCAAUUGCCGGCGAACGCUGGACCAGUUUGGAUAUCCAUCGAUAAGGGAUACCCGAUCGCGAGACGAUGACCAAAUGCUGUACAAGUUGACUAAAGAAAGGUACUACGAUGUAGCAGAGUAUCGGGGACUGUAUAGCGAGACUUCUGGCAGCAAUGUGGGAUCCGGAGAAAGCAGCAAUAAAAGCGGAAGCGGAAGUGGUGGUAGUGGUAGCGGGAGCGGAAGUCGCACAGCCAGUUGGCGGGAGAAGCUAAACAAACAGGCUGAGGAGAAUGGCGAAGAGGAGACUGAAAAGGACGUGCUGAAUGGAAAUGUGCUGAUGAUAGAUCAGCUAUGGGUCUGGACUAUCUCUACUCAUACCUUGCUCUCAUUCUUCCCCAAACGAGAGAGUGAUCCCAUCGAAGGACCGCUGUAUCAGCAAGCAGACCUUCGAGACAGCAUCUUCAACGAUGUCAAUGUAGAUCUGACUCGCCUAUGCGACAACUCCCUAGAUCUCGCAGCCUUGGCGGCUCUGCAUGCGGUAAGCGUGCUUCUAGAUCGAGCUUCUCAUCCUGAUUUGGAAGUUUUCCGAAUAUUCGAAGAAGCUAUAAGCGUCUUGACCGAGAAGCUUACUACAUCACUAAAAGAGUUCCGCUCAGAGGGAUUCCGUGACAAGGCUUUUGAUUAUGAGCCGGUUGAAAAUAAAGCUCGCUCAAUCCGGGAGCGUCAUAAAGAGGAGGGACGACGGGCCGAACAAGAGAAUAGAGACAACACGUCAGCACUGCUGGAGCUUCGGGAUAUUGAAGAUGAACUUGCGACGCUGCUGGGCCUUUUCGAGAGACAGUCCAAAGUAAUCUCAUCGAUGCACACCAUUUACAACCGUCCCGAGAUGCGAGCGCACACAGUCCACGGAAGAGGAUUCCUCGCUGAGGCGCUGAAGCGGCUAGCAGAGUAUAUCCAUAUCACGGAGGAAAUGGUACGCCGGGUGAAGAACACGCGAGAUGAGUACGACAAGCUGCUUCAGAUGGUGCAACGCCAGGCACAAGUCGACGAAGUCAGGCUAAGCAGGCUUCAUGCGGACCUGGCCAGCGCGCAAAGCCGAAGCGUACUGAUCUUCACUACUUUCACAGUCAUAUUCCUGCCGUUGCAGUUCUUUACAGGCAUCUUUGGCAUGAAUACGCGCGAGUGGGGAGGGGGAGACAAUUUGCCUCUGCGAACAAUUGGUAUUAUUGGUAUCCCGGCGAGUGUUGCCCUGAUCGUCGGGACGCUCAUCGUUGCGUGGAGCACUACUGCGCGACGCUUCUUCAAGUGGAUCGGCAGGCAGUAUGGGUAUAUGAUGCGCUGGUUGUAUGUGGUACUUGGGAGGCCCGUGGGUAGGAAGAUGAUGAAAUACAUGGCGAGGAGAGGGAAACGGCGACAGGGGCAAGGAGAGAAUCGAGAUGGAAAGAGCGGGCUGAGUACAGAGGCGAGCGAUUUCUGGGAGAGGCAUAGGCUGGAGAGGGAAAGGGGGUAUCAGAUUCCUGAGGUGAACAAGGCGCCGCCAAUGAGUAAGGGGAGGCUGAGGAGGAGCCAGGGAAGGUGA